AGGCGGGGCCGGGAGCGGCGGCGAAGUUCGGCCGUGGAGCUCGGCCGUGGAGCUCGGCGGCGGCAACAUGCGGGAGACGAAGUUCAGGGAUCACUUUUGGAGUACAGAUCUGACGAGCACAGUUGGCUACGACAGCAUCAUUCAACAUCUGAAUGACGGCAGGAAGAACUGCAAGGAGUUUGAAGACUUUCUGAAGGAAAGGGCAAUUAUAGAAGAAAAAUAUGGCAAAGAGCUCAUUAACUUGUCGAAGAAGAAGCCCUGCGGGCAGACGGAGCUGAACACGCUGAAGAGAUCCCUGGAUGUUUUCAAGCAACAAGUAGACAAUGUGGGACAAGGUCACAUCCAGCUGGCGCAAAUCCUUCGGGAGGAAGCAAAGAAAAUGGAGGACUUCAGGGAAAAGCAAAAACUGCAUCGGAAAAAGAUAGAGCUGAUAAUGGAGGCGAUUCACAAAAAUAGGAAUUUGCAGUACAAGAAGACCAUGGAGGCCAAGCGGCUCUACGAGCAGCGCUGCAGGGAUAAGGACGAGGCGGAACAGGCUGUGCAUCGCAACGCAAACCUGGUGACACAGAAGCAGCAGGAGAAGCUGUUCCUGAAGCUGGCUCAGACAAAAUCGGCUCUGGAGGACUCCGACAGGAGUUACCAGCAGAGCGUUACCACACUGGAGAAGAUCCGGGAAGAAUGGCAGAAAGAACACAUCAAAGCUUGCGAGUUCUUUGAGACUCAGGAGUGCGAGCGGAUCAACUACUUCCGCAACGCCCUCUGGCUUCAUGUCAACCAGCUCUCCCAGGACUGCGUCCAGAAUGACGAGAAAUACGAGGAAAUCCGCAAGAGUUUAGAGCUGUGCAGCAUUGAGAAGGAUAUUGAUUUUUUUGUAAAUUUACGCAAAACUGGAAGUUUGGCCCCAGCUCCUGUUGUUUAUGAAAACUACUAUAAUACACAGAGAAAUGCAACUCCUGUGAGAAGUCCGGUUCCUGUACCUAUAUCAAGGAGGGGACCUCUACCCACCCCGACCAGCGCGCCAGGUGAGUUACUUGCUUUAUGGGGCUUCUGGCCCCACAGAGGGUCUCUCUGCUCUUGCUCUUCCCCGUCAGGUCAUGAGCUUUAGCUCUCUGAAGGGAUUGCUUUAGGGGAAGCUCCUGCUGUAAUUCUGGUCCCUGCUGAAAGAUGCUGGGAAGGUGGGCGCUGACUUUGGAGGCGAGGUGUCACCCAGGAGAAAUUCUGAUCAAAGCCCUGCGUGUAGGCAUUUUUGAAGGUGAAGGAUGUCUAAGCUUGGGAUCCCACCAGUCUUUGCAGUUUGCCAUUCUCUGCUUCAGCAGCAUGAGCUGUAUCAUUCCCAGUGCCUCUUCAGUGACGGGAUGCUGCAGCAGGACUUGGUAAAAUGAGGUCCUGCUUUGGCUCUUUGGCAAAUCAAGUCAUCUCUUUGAGUCUCAUUCACCCUUGCCUCCCAUCCCUUUAACACGGGUGGCCAGUGCGUGAUGUUUCUGUCUUGUGUAAAGUCUUGUAAUGAGCACUUCUCAUGAGCAGACCUAAUUUUUUUGUGCUCUGUGUUUCAGGCGAGCCUGAUUACGCCACAGUUGACGGCUACAGCUUGAUACAUCACUAAUAGCCACCGUAAGUACUCACAUUUGAUGAAGAAAGGAUGUAAUAUGAGAUGCAGCUACACUGAGGAGGGACAGUGCAGAAAGAAAGGCCACCGGUUAAGGGAUGACAUUUUGAGGUGACUGACUGGGAGUGAUGAUCAUGUCAGCCCUCCCAUCGCUUGUCUGAGCUGGAGCUGUGGUUUAGAUGCUGUUGAUCCUGUUCUGUAGGUUCUCCAGGCAGAAGACACUGUUGGUCUGGCCAGCGUGGCAGCGGUGUUGUUUCCAGUUAUUCCCAGCCACACAGAGCUGAAGCGCAUCUCCAUUUUAAGAAAGUAUUUGAGGACUCUGAUGAUUAUUUGUACAUUCAGAAAGUGCCUAUUAAAAUCUGUGCCUCUGAUCAGCAGACUCCUUGGAUGGAUAUCCCAUUUUCACACUCGGGGGAAUAUAAGCAAUCGACCCAGACACAGGGGUGAUCCGUGUCAGAAGAAAUUUUUGAAGUUCUUCUAAAGUGCAGCCAUCCGGGAGAGGCUGGAGCCCGCCACUCUCCAGAUAACUAAGAAGUCCCAUGUGCCGAGGGGAGCGGUGCGCGAUGCUUUGGGCACGCUGGCUUGUGUUCAGGGCACACGUAUCCCACUCAGAUCUCAGGAUACACUUUUGCCUGUUUCUAAAGUCUUUCAUUAAUGGUAAUUAAACUUGUAAUUUAGGUUUUAAUUUUGUCUCUCAGGGAGCUUACUUAGAGGAGCACCAACGGUUACACCAUGUGUCUGGCUUAGCUGUAGAUGUGCUCCAGGCUUAAGCGCCGAUACUGGGAGCUGAUUUGUAUGUUGCCUGGUGCAGCAGUCCACAGCGCAGCUACCUAGUGAGAGGCUGUGCUGCCACAAACAUGCUGGGACAUGCUGCACCCCACAGCGUUGUUGAGGAUAGGAGGGAAGUCGGUCAGCUCUUCCAACCGCCUCUCCAAUGAGGGGCUUCCAGUUUUUUAGGUUCAUGGUAUAGCUUGUCCCUGGUAGGCCCUGGAGAACUCCAUUUGAUUAACUUCUGGGAAUCCCAAAACUUUGUAUUUGUUCUGACCAUGCACCACUAGAAACAAACUUAGCUACUAAUGGUGGGCUGGAGCCAUGCAACUGGUUUUCUGACCAGUCUCCUCAAAAUUCAUGCCCUUCUUGUUAGCGUAUAUAUGAUUAUGGCUUUGAUUCGGACGCUCACAUGCCUCAGGGCCGCUGGUCUAUCUGAAGUCCCUGCGUGCGGUGUUGCUUAACAGCUCCUCAGUGCCUUAUGACACUGGACACAGGGACACAGGACAUGGGGACCAGGACACAGUUUAGCUGUCUAAACCUGGUCCCAGGUGACUAACUUUGGAGUAACAGGAGUUGCUAGUUGUGUAAUGUUCUUCAAGUUGAAUCUGCAUGACUUCAGUGUGUGCCUAAGCCCACCGGUCCCCAGGGCUUUUACUGAAUUUCCUUGUGCGGAGAAGAUCACGGUGAGCUUUAACAUCUGUCCUGCUGCAUUAUAAUGAACUGUGCAAAGUGCCUAUGUCAAGGAAUCAGUUGUCCUAUUUUAUUUCUGAAAGACCAAAUGUACAAAUAUUCUUCUGAAGGAGCCUGCUGUAGUCUUAGUUCUUUAAAUACGUAUUUUAAAAAUAA